UACAUGACUCAAAAACCGAAAGCGGAGAACAUUUUAAAAGACAUUCCCAACGUCAACUGCAUUGACUCGGCUUUGACGUCGCAGGUCUUGGUCAACAGUCUGCAGAUGGGCACACAAAAGAUUCCUCUGUCUCGGACCAAAAUGAGUGACAGCAGUUUCUGUGAUAAAUGUAAACCCUGUCCUGACAUGGAGACUGAAAGUCACCCCGUGAGGCUGAAUCUUGCACGUCGGUAGAAGAAGAUGCAGAGGACAACAGGGAAGGCAUGAACACAGAACCUCAUUCACCUUUGGAAAAGGACCCUAACGAAUCUUUCAAAUACCAGGUGAACGAAACAACGGACAAGUACUUGGGUGAAAGUGUAAACAUGGGACAUGUUGCAGGAGAAGUCAGUGAACGAAACUCUCUCGUCUGCUCCAAGAACGAAAACUUGAAUCAGUCUAACCUGAUAGCUCUAAGAACAAAGGCCCCUUGGCCCUUGCGCUGCUAUGUCGUUGGGAAUGACGGUCGAACGGGAAAGCUGAAAUGGGAAAAUGAUAAACUGCACAUGUAUAGUUUGUCGAGAACUCAAAAUGAUGCACAGUUCAUGAUUCAGUUAAGCGUCGUUGAAUGGCUGAUAUCAGCAGAAAGCCCAGAAGUGUUCCUUGAUCUGGGGUCCGACCGACAUUACUUGGGCCGCGUUUACAUUCGCCUGUAUGGUCACUUACGACGGGCUCAGCACUUCCUCGCCCUAUGCUUGGGUUCCCUGGGUCCUUCGUACAAAUUCAGCAAGUUCCAUGGCGUCGCUAAAAGAGGGGCACCAGGAGAAACACUCGCCGGCGGCAAAUACAUCACGUCCGAGAACACCAUCAGCAUACAGGUCUGAUCCGGGAUUGGAGUGGGUGGCCAUCACAUCAGUGAAAAGAGGGCGGGUCUUGUGGUUGGCGCCAGUGGGGGUAGGCCAACGGAAGACGCCUUCUUUCACAUCUGCACGAAGGAUCACAUCGGUAGGAAAUUUGCCUGCGUCUUUGGAGAGGUCGUGAGCGAAAUGCAGGUCCUCAGAGAUGCCGUCCACCACUUUCAGUCCGAUGUUCAGAUCACUGAUGUGGGAGUGAUACUUUCACAGGGCAUCUGAUUUCAGGACAAUGCGCUUGUUCGUUGAUGAUGCAAGUACAAAGGACAUAAUUAUCAGAAUGGUCUUGGGCUUUUACACUCCAUGGGCGAAGCUUACAAUUAGUGAUUAAAAGCCUGUCCAUAUCUAAGGUUGCCAACUAUUUCUUCCUAGAUGUUCAGAUCUGUUGUAAUGGAAACUAAUUAUACUCAUUAGAUCAUUCACCUUAUUCUUUAUCACCAAACUCAAGAAUUGUGAUAUCAUUUG